AUGGAAUAUAUUAAAGUAGCCAAAGUGGACGAUGUUAUUCUUCACAAAAGAGGCAUCCAAACACAUGGAACAUUACACUUGACUACACAUCAUUUGAUCUUUACAUCUCCCAACUCUAAAAGGGAAUUUUGGCUACCUUUCCAUAUUAUACAUUCAGUGUUUAAAAAUAAAGGAAGUGCCAACUAUUGCAACAAUAAUAACGGGCGCAACAAUAAUAAUAUAUGGAAGUAUCAAAAUAUAAAAAUUAUUACUAAAGAUUUGCUAUGCUUUUCUAUUGAUUUUAAAGAUUGCUAUCAAGCACAAGAUGUGUUCGAUUCAAUUAAACUUCUUACUGUCAUUAAACCGCCUUUAAAAUUAUAUUGUUUUUUGUACAGGCCAAACCAGUUAGAAUUACCGUACACCGGGAAAACUACCGCCCGAAUAUAUGAUAUUCGCAGAGAAUUUUUUGAUAGACAAGGGCUUGACCCUUCAAGAUGGAGAGUUUCUAAUGUUAAUAGUGAUUUUAAGUUUUGUCCUACCUAUCCUAAUGAAUUUAUUGUUCCGUUUCCAAUUACGGACACUUUAUUAAAACACGCUUCCAAAUAUAGGUCAUCUCAAAGAAUCCCAGUUUUGUCCUAUUACCACAAGGAAACUGGGUGUUGUAUAGUAAGAAGUGCACAGCCGUUACCAGGAUUAACCCAACAAAGGUCUCCUCAAGAUGAAAGAUUAAUUUAUGAGUUUUUCCAGAUAAAACCCUCACAGAAAAACGUUAUAGUGGAUUGUAGACCUACUACUAAUGCUUAUGCUCAAACUGCCUUGGGGGGUGGUACAGAGAAUAUGGAUAAUUAUAAUUUUGGUGGUACUACGACUAGAAUGUUUUUGGGUAUCCCAAAUAUUCAUACGAUGAGAGAUUCGUUUCAAUCCCUAAUUGAUAACCUUAUUGUAGAUAAUGAUAUUAAUUCUCCAUUAAAUAGGAAAUUUUCUAUAAAUCAACAUUCCUCAUGGCAUAAACAUAUCAAAACUUUAUUGAAUAAUACUGAAAUAUUGGUAAAGUAUAUACUAUUUAAUAAGGGCAAUUUGCUAAUACAUUGUUCAGAUGGUUGGGACAGAACAACCCAGAUAUCGUCAUUGGUACAACUUUGUAUUGAUCCAUAUUAUAGAACGUACGAAGGGUUCAUGGUACUUGUUGAAAAAGAAUGGGUCCUGUUUGGUCAUAGAUUUUUAGAGAGGUGUGGACAUUAUAACUCCAAUAACAAUUUUCAUGAUAACAGCUCAAAUAAUAUUAUAAAAUCCUCUAUAUUAGGGAAUAGUAAUGUCAAUAAUAAUGGUAGUAAUAAUAAUAAUAGUAAUAAUAAUAGUAAUGAUAAUAAUAAUGAUAAUAAUAAUGAUAAUGACAUCAUAUCCUCUGAUGAAAUGACAUCUUCUAGUGAAAUGAUGCCCGUUGAAAAUCACGUUAAUAACAAAAAAAAAGAUGAUUUGAAUAGCAUAUUGGCAUCUAUGACCAAUAACAUCUUUGGGGGAACCACCAGUAAUACGAUUAACACUAGUGCCAUUACUGGCGGUAUCAGUAGAAAUGGAGAGGUUCAAGUUGCUAAUAGAGGUAACAGUUCCAGCAAAAACAAUAAUAAUAAUAAUAAUAAUAAUAAUAAUAAUAAUAAUAAUAAUAAUAAUAAUAAUAAUAAUAAUAAUAAUAACAGUAGCAGCAGUAGUAGUAAUCCUUUAUCUAUAAUAAGUGGCGAAUCAAACAAUACGUCUCCUAUAUUCUUUCAGUUUUUAGAGUGUGUCUAUCAGUUAUUACAACAAUCACCCUCAAAAUUUGAAUUUAAUGAAAGGUUUUUGAGAAGAUUGGUUUACCAUUUAUAUUCAUGUCAAUAUGGGACAUUUGUAUAUAAUAAUCAAAGACAAAGUUUAAAUGAAGGUUCUGCUACAGUUGAUGUCUGGGCGUAUUUUUUAUCAAGAAAAAAAGAAUUUGCUAACCCAAACUAUAUUAAUAGUAACAAUAGUAAUAAUAAUACUGAUGCUGAAGAAUAUUGGAUUUUACCCGAUUUACAUAAGCUACAAUGGUGGUAUCAGUUAUUAGGUCGAAAAAAGGAAGAGUUAAUAGAUUAUACAACUACGGAAGCAAGUGCCACUAGUGAUAAUAAUAAUAACAUCAUUGCAUCAGAUUUAUCCCCUGACAUGAAAAAUGCACUACGACUAAAAGAAGAUGAAGCAAGGGAUAAUCCGCAAAACAAGAAAAGCCCCAAAAAUAUUUUCUCAUAUGCAUUAAAUCUCGAUGUUUUCAAAUGA